AUGAGAUUCUCUCUAGCACCAACUCUUCUUCUUCUUGUCCUUCUCCUCUUUUAUCAACAUCACUCUUCUUCAAACCUAUAUUCCAACACUCUAUCCUCUUUCGUGGAUGCUACAUCACUCGCACUGUCUCCUUCACCGUUCUUAUCCAUGGAUUUUAGCAGUCAUUCAUCAAACUUCACAUUAAUUCCGAGUGCUCAAAAGAAAGAAAAGACGAGGAAUGGAAUAGAGGAGGGUUUAGCGAAAUCAAGAGCGGCCAUACAUGAGGCUGUGAGGUCGAAGAAAUAUGCAUCGGAGAAUGAAGAAACCUUUGUUCCUCAUGGAGCCGUUUACAGAAACGCUUAUGCAUUUCAUCAAAGCCAUAUAGAGAUGGAGAAGAAAUUUAAAGUGUGGGUGUAUAGAGAAGGAGAGAUACCGUUAGUGCACAUGGGUCCAAUGAACAGCAUCUAUAGCAUAGAAGGCCAGUUCAUGGACGAGAUCGAGAGAGCUAUGAGCCCAUUCGCGGCUAGCCACCCGGACGAGGCUCACACCUUCCUCAUUCCCGUAAGCAUCGCCAACGUCGUUCAUUACUUAUACCGGCCGCUCGUGACCUACUCCAGAAAACAACUUCACAAUGUGUUUCUUGACUACGUCAAUGUCGUGGCUCACAAGUAUCCUUAUUGGAAUAGAAGCCACGGAGCCGACCAUUUCUUCGUUUCUUGCCAUGAUUGGGCACCAGACGUCUCAGGAUCGAACCCUGAAAUGUUGAAAAACAUGAUAAGAGUCCUAUGCAACGCCAACACAUCAGAAGGUUUCAUGCCCCAACGAGAUGUCUCAAUCCCGGAGAUCAACAUCCCCGGGGGCCACCUAGGCCCACCUCACUUAUCCAGCUCUUCCGGCCAUGACCGGCCCAUCCUUGCUUUCUUCGCAGGCGGCUCACACGGUUACAUCCGCAAGAUUCUACUAAAGCACUGGAAAGACAAAGACGAGGAGGUCCAAGUCCACGAGUAUUUACCCAAAAACCAAGACUACUUCAAACUCAUGUCCAAGGCAAGGUUCUGUCUCUGUCCUAGCGGCUACGAAGUGGCUAGCCCUAGGAUCGUUGCAUCCAUUAACUUAGGCUGCGUCCCAGUCAUCAUCUCUGAUCACUACGCAUUGCCCUUCUCAGACGUUCUUGAUUGGAGUAAGUUCACCAUUCAUAUCCCUUCUGAGAAGAUCCCGGAGAUUAAAACCAUACUAAAGAACGUGUCAGGGAGACGCUACUUGGUGUUGCAGAGAAGAGUCUUGCAGGUACAGAGACAUUUCGUUAUCAAUAGACCGUCUCAACCGUUUGACAUGCUUAGGAUGCUUUUUCACUCCGUCUGGUUGAGAAGGCUAAACAUUGGGUUGCAUUUGUGA